GAAGAGGAGGAAGAGGAGAGGUGUGUGUGGCACACAGUUUUUGAGGAAGUCAAGAAACUGAAGAAAAUGGACGACAUAUGGCUAUGCGUGACGGAUUUUUUACCCGCAUCAAUGGUGAAAAAUGGGACUUAUUCCUUCAAGAUGGAUCGACGAGAGACAUAUCUGCACUAAACGAUGCUAGCCUGCUAGCUUGCUCUGUGAUGUUUGGUCCUCCGACACACAACGUUAGCUGUUAAGGUUAAACAUUUAGACACGGAGGACAGAACUUUUGAAUCCUCUUCCGUCUUUUUUUUUUUUUUAAAUUACCGACUAAUUGGAGUAACGUAGACUAAAACGGUUAACUUUACCAGGUGACGUUUGGCGUCUUGCUACACUAGUUAGCUGACUUUAGAUGCAGCUAUUAGUGUUAAAGCUAGCCCCCCCAAAAAUAUAGUUCAGCUAAUUAACAUAUCGUUAAUGAAUACCCUGAGUUUAUAUGACGUAACCAGCUUACACCGCCAUAAACGUGAAUAGUGCUACGAUAUUUGCAAACCAACGUUAGUUUAUGACGUUAACCUGCACGUUUCCAAUUUUAAGCAUCUUCAAAUAUGAGGUCGAAGAUAAGACAAAGUGUCUUACGUUUGCUAAAUCUUACGAGGUAACGAUAGGUUGAUUUUAAACUUUAUAACGACUACCUGAAGACAGGGACACUAUGACAUUUGAGGCCAUUUUCUCUUCCCCUAAAAUAGGUUCAUCUUUAGCUGGUACAUUUUUCCAGAGCAGUCUCAUCUAGUCUAGCUCAUUACUUCUAGAUAUGCGUCUUUCCUCUUUUCUGGCCGUGUUUAGGCCUGUUUUACCCCUCAUCCUCGGGCUGUCUCUGGGCUGCAGCCUGAGCCUGUUGAUGGUGUCCUGGACACAAGGGGACACCGACGACUCCUGUGGAGAUGAACUGGGCAAUGGGAGGCUGUUCAGGGCCCGAGGAGAUGCCCAGAGGGACUCGAGGGAUGGGGCCAGAGAUGAAGACGUCCAGCCACGGAUCGUGCCCUAUCACCAUGACCCAAACAAGCCGCACAAGAAAGUCCUCAGAACUCGUUACAUUCACACUGAACUGGGCAUCAGAGAGCGACUGCUGGUGGGUGUGCUGACCUCCCGGGCCACCCUCAACACGCUGGCCGUGGCGGUGAAUCGCACAGUCGCCCACCGCUUCCACCGCACCUUCUUCUUCACGGGCCUGCGCAGCCCCAAGGUGCCUCACGGCAUGGCCGUGGUGGCGCACGGCGACGACCGUCCGGUGUGGCUGAUGUACGAGACAAUCCGCCACCUCCAUCAGCACUACGGCUCCGACUACGACUGGUUCCUCUUAGCCCAGGACGAUACCUACAUGCAAGCGGAUCGGCUGUCGGAGCUGGUGGGCCACCUCAGUGCGGGCCAGGACCUUUACAUGGGCAGGGCGGAGGAGUUUAUUGGCGGGGAAGAGAAGGCACGCUACUGCCACGGCGGCUACGGCUACCUGCUGUCCCGCAGUCUGCUGGCCCGUCUGCAGCCACACCUCGACACCUGCCGUAAUGACAUCCUCAGUGUGAGACCCGAUGAGUGGCUGGGCCGCUGCAUUAUUGACUACCUGGGUCUCAGCUGUGUGGAGGUGCACCAGGAGAUGACCUACCGGUACUUUGAGCUCGGGAAAAACGCAGAUCCAGAGCGUGAAGAUGGCGUUCAGUUUAAAAAUGCCUUCACGGUCCACCCUAUAUCGGAGCCAAAUCUCAUGUACCGGCUGCACAAACGAUUCAGCCAGAUUGAGCUGGAAUGGACGUACCUGCAGAUACAACAGCUACAGGUGCAGAUCAACAACCUGAGUGACCUGACACCAGAGGGCAAAGCCGGAGUCACGUGGCCCAUCGGAAUCAACCCCCCCUUCAAACCAAGAACCCGUUUUGAGGUCAUAAACUGGGAGUACUUCACAGAGGAGCACAUCUACUCGUGCAUCGACAGCUCCCCCAAGUGUGAGAUGAGAGGGGCCGACCGCGCGGACGUGAACGCAGUGCUGGAGAUCGCGGUGGAGCGGCUGAACGAGCGCUACCAGCCCCAGCUUCGUUUCCGCAAGCGCCGUCUGCUUAACGGCUACAGGCGCUUCGAUCCCACGCGCGGUAUGGAGUACGUGCUGGACCUUGCGCUGGAGGCCUACACCCAGAAAGGCCACAGUCAAGUCAUCGCCAAACGGGUCAACCUGUUGCGACCGCUGAGCGCCGUCGAGAUUAUCCCCAUGCCCUAUGUGACUGAGGCAACGCGGGUGCAGGUCAUCCUGCCCGUUACUGCUCAGGAUCAGGACUUUGUGGGUAACUUCCUGGACAUGUACGUGAUGAACACGUUGGACACACAUGACAAUGUGUUACUCACGUUCCUGUUCAUCUACGAUCCCUUCGAUGCGCAGCGGGUCAGCGAGACCGACGUGUUCGCCGGCAUCAAGGCCAUGAUCGGGGAGGUGGAGAAGCGCUACGGAGACGUGAAGAUCCCCUGGAUCAGCGUGAAGACGGAGGUGCCCUCACAGGUCAAGCUGAUGGACAUCAUCUCUAAGAAGCACCCCGUGGACACACUGUUUUUCCUGGCCGGCGUGUGGACGGAGGUCAACGCCGACUUCCUGAAUCGCUGCAGAAUGAACGCCAUCAGCAACUGGCAGGUGUUCUUCCCCAUCCACUUCCAGGAGUACAGCCCCGCCGUCAUGUACCGCGACCAGCAGCCCUCCGCGGCCUCCUCCUCCUUCGCGUCGGAGUCGCUGCGAGACGGACACUUCGACCGUCACGUCUUCGACGAGGCCUGCUUUUACAACGCCGACUACAUGACCGCACGGACCAAGAUGGCCGCCGACAUGUUAGACAACGAGGAGCUGCUGGAAAGCAUGGACGUGUACGACAUAUUCGUGCGUUACUCGGGCCUGCACGUGUUCAGGGCCGUGGAGCCGGCGCUGAUCCAGAAGUACGUGAGGCGAGCGUGCAACCCACGAUUCAGCGAGGACAUCUACCACCGCUGCGUCCUCAGCAACCUGGAGGGUCUGGGCUCACGCUCACAUCUAGCCAUGGCUCUUUUUGAACAAGAGCAGGCCAACAGCACCUAGGAGCCUGCCUGGACUCGCACAGAGUAAUGUGAAUUAUUAUAUGGUACUUUUGUGACCCAUACAGGGAAAUUCACACCCUUAUAUUUGGCUGAAAGAGUUCAGGACCAGCUAAGGGACAGCAUCAUCUUGCUCAUGGACACUUUGACCAAGAAAAUAAGUUCUCUUCCAGCUGAAAAUCUCUUUGCUCAGAACAUAUGAGUACCACACCUUGACCUGACUCAUGAGUCUAUAACUUUGACUCAGUCUUGUCUAGACUUAUGAUGAGUGACGGAGGUGUCUGAACGGGAUUACUGUUACAUGUUUUCCUGCCAUUCUUCUUACAGGAGCUGAGCAACAAUAUUUAUACUUAAAAAUAUAGGAGGGUGUGUGUGUGUGUGUUGAAAUACAAAAACUUGAGCUUGAGUCUUCCCGAGUGAAGAUGUUUAAAAUAAUACUGGAAACAAACUGAAGCCGUUGGCUGCCUUUUCUUUUCUUUUUUUAAGAGGUAUUAAAGAGUGAUAUUUCUGUUCGGAGUUGUUUCUUUAUUCAGAAUAAUAUAAUGCGGUCUGUCCGGUCUGUCCGGUCUGUCCGGCAGCUCUUUACUGCAGCGCCUGCAGGCAGUGAACAGUUUGUUCCACAGCAGCCGGCCCCGCCUCGUCUCCCCACAUUGAGUCAGUAAAUCCCCACCCCGGCCCGGGCCUCCCUGGGUUUUUUUGGCAAGUGUUUCUGUACACACAUGUCUUUAGGGAGAGAAGUGAACUCAGUGGCCAGGGGGGGAGGGUCGUGUCUAGCUAGCCAAGGUCCCUAUAGCCUAGUGGUGUGGGUGGCUAACCUUCACAGCGAGGUGGUUGAACAAGCUGAAUGGAUCACUUCACUCUGCCUCAGACGGUCUCACUGAGGCCCCUUAACCUCCCCCCCACCUCCCACCCACAAAACUUCUCCAUGUUGUCGGGAGAGUAGCGGAGCAGCCGGGUGAAAGAGGCUCUUUCUGAGGUGGGGAGCGGGGCCGUGGAGAGGGCCUCCACCUGCUCCCUCGUGGUGAGGCCGGCGGACAAUACAAUGCCUGUCUGCCACCUCAUGAGGAACGGAAAAAUGUAACCCACCAAUGAGCUCGGGCACAAAGUCAACAUGUUACUGAGUGUGAGAGUGUUCCUUUAAUGAAGGGCUGCUUACUUAUUUGCAUAAUUGGUUCCUGCAUCUGCAGAACAGUUAACAGCAUAGAAAUGGAAUGUGGGGGAAAAAACAUAAUCUGCUUUUUAUGGAGUGGAGUGCUUUUGUGGUGGAAAAGAAUAAAGACGUGGAUAUCAAAGGGUGCAUUUGAGUAAUUUUGCCCAUGGAUGUUUGAGAGUUCUUAAAAAAUGAAAUGAGUUUUAUCAUUUACCCGUAAUUAAAGAGUCCAGGUAGGUGACACUCCUUGAGACCUCAGAUACCUGUUAUUGUCAGCAGAAAUACGUAGGUAUACUUAAGUAUAUGUGCUCUUUUGUUUUCCUCAUAUCUAGUCAUCGUAUACUGUGCAGCAUUAGCACACAGAGCAAAAUCUAUAUACUAUCAACAGUACACUGAAUAUAUGAAAGUUGAGAGAUUGCUAGAUUUAACAUUUUACUCAUAGAAAUUCAAAAUAUUUUGGUCUGUGCUUGGACUUAAAGUAUAUGAUUAUAUGUAUGUAAAAAUAGCUAGAUAGCUGUUAUUUAAGAAGUCAUAAUACGUAUAAAUUAAAUGGCUAAAAGAAUUUUGCCCCCUUUUUCAGUUUUGUCUCAAGACUUCAUUUAGUGUUUUAUGACCUUUAGAUGUGGAAACAAGAGGCACUUCAACUACUUCAUAUCUUUCUUUAAUCCCAGUGACAUUUUGUACUGUCAUUGAUUCUUGGCUAUUAUUUCUACAAAAUGCUGAAUCAUCACUUCAAAAUAAAAAGGACAACCUAGCGUUACUAAACUAGAUAUAAACCAAAAUUCAAGCCUUAAUUUCAUCAUGUUUCAAGGAUCAGUCCUCCAGUUUGUCGUUAGGAAUAAGUAUUUAAGUAUAUUUCCACCUUGUAAAACAUUUAGAAGUAAUGCAGCUUUAAGAGGAUUAGUUUAACACAUUAAUGUGUACAUUUUUGCAGCAAAGCACCUGAAGAAAUCUAAUCAGUUUCUAUUAUGUCCACAUCAACACGUCACGUCCAUAAAGGUGAAAUAAAGACGCUUUAGAUAUCAUGGCAUUUACAAACUUUGGCAAGCGCUUCUUUAUUUACA